UUUCCCUCCUCGCUUCUCUCUAUUCCUCCCCCUUGGUUAAACUAAUUUGAAAGACUGUACACACGGCCACUCGAUUCAGUUUGUUAGUCCAAGCGGCUUGAGAUGUGUGGACGCACCAAACAGGCCAGCCCCCAACCUCCUUCAACAUAAUCAUCUUCAUCACCAUCAUCGGUCGUGUCGCUAACUUUGACCUGUUGCUCUUGAAACAAGUCGCGCAUCUCCGUUAGACUCGCCAACAGCCGAGUUAUUGGCAAAUUGGUUCAAACGCGCUCUGUUUGUUCAUGUGCUUGUGCCAUUAACGCUAAAUUUGCUGAAUCGUCGUAUCGAGUGCCGCCAUCUUCGUGUGUGUGUUGCUCCUAUACCUCUCAUUUGCGUCUACAAAAUUUUCAUCUUCAUGUUUUAUCAAACUAAUCGUCAACACACAAGUCUAUGACCGUGUUAGGUUUUGUCAACAAAAAAAAACUGGUUCAAGUUGGCCAAGUGCGCACAUUGGCCGUGUACUUGGUGAAUUCGCUGAUCGCUUCCAAGUGAAACUACACAUACCCUACGUUUACGUGCGUUGGUUUUUUACUUGCGAAGAAUUGAAAUAGUAGGGAUUCCCGUCAUCAAAAUAAAGAUUUUCUAAUUUCCGAAACGAUUUUAGUUUGAAACACGAUAGUAUCGAGAGUUAUUGGAACUGCACAGUUAAAUCUUCAAUAGUUUCGUUCGUCCCAAUGUUGUCCGAAAAUAUGUUGCCACAAAAACUACAGUAUUCAGAAACGGGCGGCUCGGGACCCAGCCCGACGUCCAUAGGCUCGUCGAUGGCGAUGUGCCAAACGACUAUGGUGCCAUCCAUGUCGUCGAUGGCCUCAGCUUAUUCCUUGAGUUCAGCCGCUGCAGCCGCCGCCGGCAUGAACGGAAUGGGCAUGACGUGCAUGAACAUGAGCACCAUGGCUUCGUGUUCGCCACAGACAUCAGCCGCUGUCGCCGCCGCAGCCGGAUCGUCCGUUUUCGGCAUGACUGGUUUAAGCGGCAACGGCGGCGGUGGCCAGCAAGGGCACGCACCUAUGAACAACGCCACUUGCAUGUCGCCCGGCAUGAGCGUCGCUGGCUCCUACACUAUGCGUAGUGGCAUCGAUUCCGGAAUGGGCCAGUGCAUGUCUUCCGGUUUCGGCGGAGUGCCGUCAACUAUGGGCACUUCCCUGGCCAACACUUCGACCGCAGGGCGUUCCAGUGGCGAUCUGACGUCGCCUAGUGACCCGAGCUUGCGAGGUGGCACUGCUAACGGCGGUGCCGUCGGUGCUGGCGUCGGAAACAACGGCGCUGGUGGCGUCAGUGGUAACGCGACGGCCGGCGGUCGCAACGACAAAACUUAUCGCCGGAGCUACACUCACGCCAAGCCGCCCUAUUCGUACAUUUCUCUUAUCACAAUGGCCAUACAGAAUUCGCCGACGAAGAUGUUGACGCUUAGUGAGAUCUACCAGUUCAUCAUGGACUUGUUCCCGUUUUACCGACAGAACCAACAACGUUGGCAGAACUCGAUUCGACACUCGCUCUCUUUCAACGAUUGUUUCGUGAAAGUGCCACGCACUCCCGACAAGCCUGGCAAAGGUUCUUUCUGGGCCCUACAUCCCGAAUCGGGCAACAUGUUCGAGAAUGGCUGCUACCUCCGCCGACAGAAACGUUUCAAAUGCGACGCCAAAAAGGAAUCGGGUUCGGGAGGCGUACCCAGCAUCGGCUCUAGUCGAUCGAAUCACAAAACCGAAGGGUCUCAUAAGAAGGUGACAUCCGACGGGAGACAUCAACUUCAAAGUGGGCACGAUAGUAGCAGCGACGACGACAUGAUCAACGAUUGUCAAAUGAAAGAAAGGGUUUCCAAUCAUCGCUCCAUGAUUCACCAUCACAAUGGCAAUCUAAUCGCGGGUCAGCUGAUGUCUGAAGAUCUCCACCAACACGGGCUGAAAGUCAACGGUGACAAAAGAACCGCUUUGUCGAGCAAUCAUCACAGUUCGUUGCAUCAAGACUCGACAGUUUUGCCUACAAUGCUGCACCACGACGACGGGUUGGAGACGAUGACCAACGACCCGGAGACAGUGAUCCCAACGACGGUGCCCCAGCAUGGCAUGGUGUGCGACGAUCGCUACGAGAAAUACAAGACGUACGACAAGUACGACCCCGGAGCAAUGGAGUUUAACGCGCUCUCGCAACGCUAUCUGGCCGGUGACAUGGGCAUUGGCGGCCAGGGUCAACUGCUCGCCCCAUCCAUCGGUCUUCAUGGGCUGAAAGACGCAACGGCCUACACAUUAGCGUCGCAUCCAUUCUCCAUUCAGAGGCUUCUUCCCGGAACGACCGACCCCAAAUCCGACGUCAAAAUGUUUGACAUGGGGCCGUACGGAGGUUACGCAACGCUUGCUCCUGGUCACGGCCAGGGUUCUUUGCACCAUGAUAACAGCAACUACUACCAAGCAUCGUUUUAUCACCAAAACAUGCACCACCACAACAGCCAAGCUCACCAUGGCAACCACCACCACCACCACGGAGGCCAUCAUGGCUCUACGGCAUCGCCCUCCACUUUAUGACAAUUAUGAGGCGUGUCCAUUGCGAAAACUUGAACGAACACUUGUCUCCGCAAAAGGGCGGCGAUCGUUCACUGAAACAAACGCAUUUGGCCUACGCUCCCCCGGGUUAUCAAGCACGACAAGAUCUUGGGGAGAUACACGAGGCAGCUUGAUGCCACUAAUUAUAUAUAUAUACAGUAUACAGGGUAUUGGCAUAGUGUGGGUGUGCAUUCGGGAGUGGUGUUGAAAACUGUUUUGAACGAAAAACAAAAACAAAAAACAAAAACAAAAAACAUGUAAUACUGAAGUGCAAUAUGCAUCUCAUAUGCAAAAAUCCGCAUUAUUGUAUUGUUCGUACAUGGAAAGAAAGAAUGUUGGACUUGCAUCGAUGGUUGUUUUGCAGUACAGUAGGUCUUUAAGACGAUGACAAACGAAGCCGUCAGCCGUUGAGCCGUGUAUGCUACAUACAUUAACUGAAACGCAUAUACACACAGACAGGCCAAGAUAGACUCAGAACCUAUAUCGUUGACGAACUUGUUUAUAACUUUAUAUACCCUUUCUCUUUGAUAGACAUAUUAGACAAAAUGCUAACCCAAAAUGCACAAGUUGGACUCUCUUCCUCUUAUAUUUUUCAAAACUACACUGUUCGUUUCUCUCCUGAUCGUCAGACAAGAAACAAUUUCUUUUUAUAUCGACAUUGUCUUUUCAUUAAAAACCUUUGAUUCCAAUUGUUUGUUUUGUUUUUUUUGUUCUUUUUCCGCGUCGUUAACGACUUAUGUGAUAGGCUUUUGUUUAUGUUUAGAGUACCAUGACCUCGAGCAAUCACCUACAUUUUUGUAGCGUGCGCUUGAGGCUCUUGAGAACUCAAUUGUUGAAAAUAAUGACAUGGAGAAGUGUGAACAUUUAGAAUCGCGGAGAGGAUAAACCACGUAUUGAUAUCAUUCAGUUUGUAAAUACAACAUAGAAUCCAAAUAAAUAUAGUAAUAGUCUUGUGUGUGGACGUGAUUGACGUUUGUCCAUCGACAGUAAAUCCAUAUUGUAUGCCGUUUUUGUUAGGUUUCAGCUGGUUCAAGUGCAUUCCUAUAUAUAUAUAUAUAUAUAUAUAUAUAUAUAUACAACAAAUUAAAAUUUGAUGCCCAUGUUGUCUGUCACGCCGAAUAUGCGAAGCUUCAGCCGGCCAAUGGUUUGCGAACAACCAUAGGCUUCACGAAGCGCAGCGUUUUGCUGUUAAGUCUCUCGAAGUUGGCCCGGCCGAAUAGACAAUGGAAGCCAAUCUCAAUGGGGUUUGACAAAAUUCAAUGGGUCUGUAACAAAUGCAACAACUAACUAUUUUGUGAAGGACGAAAUUUCAUUUGUUGUUAUUCUGUUAAAAUUGUCUCUCUGUGUUGCAAUGUAAUUUCAUUUUUUUAAUGUGUCGACCCUCCGUCGGCCUUGUGCUCCUCCUCCUUACCGUGUUCUUUAUUUUUUUUUUUCCCCGUUCACUGUGUGUGCAGAUUUUGGAUUGUACAACUAUAUAUGAAGUAAUGCAUGUAUACAUGCGUGCGUACGUGCUCGUUUGGCCUGUGCACCACUGUGAGGAAAUCUGUUACGUGUAUAAUAAACCAGUGGAAAAUCGGA